AUGCCGUCUUCCGGGAUUACCCCGGUUAUGAUCCCCAUCACUGCUGCUGGUGAGGGGGAUAUGAGCACUUGGCCUAGCAGCCGACACUCUGAACGUGACGACCGAAGCUGGCGUCGUACGCAUGCCAAGAACUGGCGCGGAGAUGGAGGCGCGCAUGAAGAAGCGCUUCUUCUGCGCUUUGCAUUUGGGGCACGCCAUCUCGGUGUCGGUCACUGCGUGUUUGGUCAGCUGUGA